AUGGUCCAGAUGACGAAACCGGCAGAGAAGUGUGGGGAGACCCUGGAUGCUGAUGCUUUCGACCAAGAAGCGAAGCUCGACCUAGCUGAGGAAUUGUUUGUGUCCUGCCGUUUUACGGAAGCGGCAAGGGUCUGUAGUGCCGUGUUGGGUGAAGGUUCAAGCUGCACAUCGUCGCCCAGACGAAACUUCAGUAGCACCAGCACCAGCACGACUGCCACCACCUCCAGUGGCAGCCACGACCCAGCUGGUUCGGCUCUGGUGGUGGCUUUUGACGAUCAGGUUAUUGCGCCUGUAGGAGAAUGUGGCACCUCCGACCUCAUUGUGGCGGUGUUGCUUCAGUGCGGCUUUGAGCUCCAGCGAACAGAGGAGUGGGGACGAUGCCGAGCUUUCUACGGCACAACCCGCGCAAUACCCUUUGCCGUUGCUAUUCUCUGGCUGCGUUUGCGGCUAGCAGGAGGAGAGUUGGAGCUUGUUCGAAGAAUCCUCUGGCAAUUAAGGGCGGAACUUGGCGAAGAAGUGCGGCGCUGCACGCCCGCGGUAACCGCCAACAACAGCGACUUCGAGAGGGCACACAGUGGAGCUGUAACACCAGCGGUGGCGAACUACUCGGAAGCGACGGAGAUGCUGGUCGUCCAGAUAAUGGUCCCUUGCGGAGAGUUCACCGAAGCCGAAGCGCUUGUUUCGAGCGACGCUUACCUCAGCCCGAAGGACAAGAGCCAACUUCUCAAAGCCUGCGAACAAUCCGCGUCAGAGAGAGAAAGGGAGUCAGGUGCGGCAACCGGGGAAGGGUCAACGGGGAAUGCGAGCAACACGGCUUCUGGCAGUCGCAGCCCUUGCGGUCGCGGUGGUCCUUCGCAUUCAUCGUAUCGGGAGGAUUACAGAGAAGAAACUAAAGGAGGGCCACAACGCGACGGACGCACACGAUUAGAACACUCUUCGUCUCCAGACGAACUAGGUGCAGCGUUUUGUCAUCAACAACGGCAACAGCAGCAGAGCCCCCUGCAGAAGUUCUUCUCGGAUGUCUCGGACUGGACGCCGGAAGCUCGUGUGCAACUGGUGGUGGGGGCAGGCGCAGCCGGUCUGGCGGCGUACGCGGCGCUACGGAAUCGAGAUUCUCUUUGGCGGGCCGCGCGUAACGCCGCAGGCGUGGCGGCCCGAACAGCGGGUGAUGUAGGAGCGUUUAUCGUUGGCUCGUCGUAG